AUGCCCUUGUCGACAAGAACCAGGACCCCGACAAACGAAUGUGCACCAGUCGAACGAAUCGAGGCCAUCGUGCAUAAAACUCUUGGCUGCCUUCAAGAAUUUGAUGGAGGUGAAGCGCAGAAGUCUCGCAUCGGCAUCACGGUGGCAUCUUCUUCUUCUUAUGCGGCGGAAGGGCGGAGGGAGAAACAAAAAGUAGAAGUAGAGGGAGAAGAAGAUGUCGACGUCGGUGGGUUCGCAGUGAGCUCUGGGAUCAGCAGACCCCUUGAAAUCCUCAAGCAACUCAACAAGAAAGUCCCCGAUUCCCUCGUCAGAACCCUCGAAAAUGGCUUCACCUCCAAAUACAUCUCCUGGCACAUUGUGAAUCGGAUUAUGAAGUUGCAUGCUCCAGAAUGGUCUGGUGAGGUUCGAAGCGUCACCUACUCUGCUGAUGCCAAGUCUGUAUCGGUUGUGUAUCGCGUCAUGCUCUAUGGAACUGAUGCUGAGGUACAGUUUUCAUAUUUCCAUUUCAUUUCUUUUCUAACCUUUUAAUUUGGAUAGUGUUGUUGGAACUUAUUGUUAUUCACAAUUAUUUAUAUAAACAUUCUAGGGGUGAAAUUCAAUGCAUGUAUUGUAGUAUAUUUAGAAAUAAACUUGUAUUAUAAGUAUAUGCAUCUCGAUCUACAAUUGGAUGAAUGAGAUGCAGAUCAGUUAUAUUUUGCA